GGUGAAAGGACUCAGCUCUGCUGCAUCUCGCGCCACCGCCUCCUCAAGCGCCUCCUCUGUGCCGCCUCGGAUUCAGCACUGGACAGCUCCCGCCCCAUGCCCAACAAAUAGCGGUCGGCUGAUUGACAGAGGAGUCGACCACACAGGGAACAGGACGACUUGAAGCCGCCCUACAAGGGUUUGGUUGCGGCCAAGCUGCCUCUUUCAACCAGCUUUCCUCCCGAUAGCAGGGAGAGGCAGGAGUGUGGUUUGUGGGCAAACCUAAAGCCUCAACGAACCAGCUGCCUGGCCCUCUGGACCCCAGAGGACAUUCGUCUUAAAAGGAAUCUUCGCUCUGUGAGGCUGGCUCCUGCGCUCGCGGUACCGGUCUGUGUGUGCGCGCGCUCCGCGCCUCGGGCGAAGCGAACCGGGAGGAGGAGCCGAGCCUGGAGGCGGGAACGACCUGCCGCGGGUGAGAUGAUGGAGCAGCGUUUUCGGCGGCCGCGGCGGCAGCAUCAGCAGCACCAGCUCUUGAACACACCUCGAUGAGAACGGCGGUGGAAGCGGCCGAGCAGAAAGACGUAAGCAGGCUAACUAUAGCUGCCGGGAGCCAGAAGGGAGGUAACCUGUUCGGCUCUAGGCUGCGAGGUGCGUAAAUCCCCAGCCGACGCACCGCGGAGCGGCUGCAGCCAGCGUUGCCACAGGUGAUUCGAUUUCCUGUGACGGUAGCUUAGCCAGUGGGCCAAUUUCGAGACAGUCUUAUUUUGAAGUCCUUUUCGACUGGGUGCCAUCUGGAGAAGGGGGAAGACUCCUAGGCAAAGUCUUACUGUGGAUACACUGACGACCAAAAUUUAAAAAGUGACUCCUCCCUUUACCUCCUCUCCUGUUUGAGAGAGAGGCAGAUGGGAGCCAUGGCUUAUCCUUUACUUUUCUGCUUCCUGCUCGCUCCUCUGGGACUGGGAGCUGCUGGUGCCAGCCGCGACCCUGCGGGACGGCCGGGUUUCCCUCGAGAGAGGACCCUGAGGGCGAAGCAGCACGCCCAGCAGCCGGCUCGAGCCUCUGCCUCGGACCCCUGGGCUCCCGGGAGCCGCUCCACCGACGGCACCAUCUUGGCGCAGAAACUCGCCGAGGAGGUGCCCAUGGACGUGGCCUCUUACCUCUACACCGGGGACUCCCUCCAGCUGAAGCGAGCCAACUGCUCCGGCCGCUAUGAACUGGCGGGCCUGCCGGGGAAGUCGUCAGCUCUAGCCAGCUCCCAUCCUUCUUUGCACGGGGCGCUGGACACGCUGACACACGCCACCAACUUCCUCAACAUGAUGCUGCAAAGCAAUAAGUCGCGGGAGCAGAACUUGCAGGACGACCUGGAGUGGUACCAGGCGCUCGUGCGGAGUCUCCUGGAGGGCGAGCCCAGCAUCUGCCGGGCGGCCAUCACCUUCAGCACCCAGUCGCUGUCCGCGUCCGCGCCCGCGUCCACCCCGCAGGUCUUCCUCCAGGCCACGCGAGAGGAGAGCCGGAUUCUGCUCCAGGACCUGUCCUCCUCGGCUCACCACCUGGCCAACGCCACGCUGGAGACCGAGUGGUUCCACGGCCUCCGGCGCAAGUGGCGGACCCAUGUGCAACGGCGGGGCUCCAAUCAGGGCCCUCGGGGCCUGGGCCAUAGCUGGCGGCGCAGAGACGGGCUGGGAGGGGACAAGAGCCCUGUCAAGUGGUCUCCUCCUUAUCUGGAGUGCGAGAAUGGGAGUUACAAGCCCGGGUGGCUGGUCACUCUCUCCGCUGCUUUCUACGGGCUGCAGCCUAACUUGGUCCCGGAAUUCAGGGGUGUCAUGAAAGUGGACAUAAAUCUUCAGAAAGUAGACAUUGACCAAUGUUCGAGUGAUGGCUGGUUUUCAGGAACUCAUAAAUGUCAUCUCAAUAAUUCAGAGUGUUUGCCGAUUAAAGGCCUUGGAUUUGUGCUCGGCGCCUAUCAGUGCAUUUGCAAAGCAGGAUUCUAUCAUCCCCGAGUCUUCUCAGAGAACAAUUUUCAAAGAAGGGGUCCGGAUCACCAUUUUGCAGAAAGAGCAAAAGAUGUGUCAGAAGAAGCCCACGUCUGCCUACCCUGCAGGGAGGGCUGCCCCUACUGUGCCGAUGACAGCCCCUGCUUUGUCCAGGAGGAUAAAUAUCUGCGACUUGCUAUCAUCUCCUUCCAAGCCCUGUGUAUGCUGCUGGACUUUGUUAGCAUGCUGGUGGUCUACCACUUUCGCAAAGCAAAGAGCAUCAGAGCAUCGGGCCUUAUCCUGUUGGAAACUAUCCUUUUUGGGUCUUUGCUUCUAUACUUCCCGGUUGUUAUUUUAUACUUUGAGCCGAGCACAUUCCGUUGCAUUCUCCUAAGAUGGGUCCGUCUUCUCGGUUUUGCUACUGUUUAUGGAACUGUCACUCUCAAGCUUCACAGGGUUUUGAAAGUGUUUCUUUCGCGAACAGCCCAACGGAUUCCAUAUAUGACUGGUGGCCGGGUUAUGAGGAUGCUGGCGGUAAUACUCCUGGUAGUAUUUUGGUUUCUUAUUGGCUGGACUUCGUCCGUUUGCCAAAAAUUGGAGAGGCAGAUUUCACUUAUUGGCCAAGGGCAAACAUCUGAUCACCUCAUCUUCAAUAUGUGCCUCACUGAGCGCUGGGAUUACAUGACAGCAAUUGUGUUGAAUUCUCAUUUCAGAUUUGUCCUUGCCUCAAGGCUUCAGUCUGAUUGGAUGUUGAUGCUGUAUUUUGCACAUACUCAUUUGACUGUGACAGUCACCAUUGGGUUACUUUUGAUUCCAAAGUUUUCACAUUCAAGCAAUAACCCACGCGAUGACAUUGCUACAGAAGCAUAUGAGGAUGAGCUAGACAUGGGCCGGUCUGGAUCCUACCUGAACAGCAGUAUCAACUCAGCUUGGAGUGAGCACAGCUUGGAUCCAGAGGACAUCCGGGAUGAGCUGAAGAAACUCUAUACCCAGUUGGAAAUAUAUAAAAGGAAGAAGAUGAUCACAAAUAACCCCCACCUCCAGAAAAAGCGGUGCUCCAAGAAGGGCUUGGGCCGAUCAAUCAUGAGGCGUAUCACCGAGAUCCCAGAGACGGUCAGCAGACAGUGUUCCAAAGAAGACAAGGAAUUCACAGAUCACAGCGCCGCCAAAAGCACUGCCCUCGGCAGGAAGAACCCACAGGAGUCGUCAGGCAACACUGGGAAACCCAAGGAGGAAUCCCUGAAAAACCGAGUCUUCUCACUGAAGAAAUCCCACAGCACUUACGAUCAUGUGAGAGACCAAACGGAAGAGUCCAGUAGCUUACCCACUGAAAGCCAAGAGGAGGAAGCCACAGAAAAAUCCACUCUGGAGUCUCUGUCGGGCAAACAGCUAACACAGACACUGAAAGAAAACAGCGAGGCUGAGUCCACGGAGUCUGUGCCUUUGGUGUGUAAGUCAGCGAGCGCUCACAAUCUCAGCUCAGAGAAGAAGCCCGGGGGGCAUCCCCGAACAUCCAUGUUACAAAAGUCUCUCAGUGUCAUAGCAAGCGCCAAGGAGAAGACGCUUGGGUUAUCUGGGAAAACCCAGACAUCAGGUGUGGAAGAACGUGCUAGAUCCCAGAAACCUCUGCCAAAAGAUAGAGAGACCAACAGAAAACCCUCAAACUCAGAUAACACAGAGACUAAAAAUUCUGUCCCCCAAAACUCUAAUAAUCUGGAAGAGCCGAGAAAACCUCAGAAGUCUGGGAUUAUGAAGCAACAAAGGUCCAACCCCCCUACUGCUAAUUCUGACAUGAGCCUAGUCACCACCCAGGUGAAGGACAACUGUGACAUAGGGGAAGUGUGCCCUUGGGAGAUUUAUGACCUCACCCCUGGUCCUGUGCCUUCAGAAUCAAAAGUUCAAAAGCAUGUAUCUAUUGCGGCUUCUGAAAUGGAGAAAAACCCAACCUUUUCCUUAAAGGAGAAAUCUCAUCACAAGCCCAAGGCAGCGGAACUAUGUCAGCAAUCCAAUCAGAAGAGCAUAGACAAGGUUGAGGUCUGCCCUUGGGAGAGCCAAGGUCAGACCCUUUUUGAAGAUGAGAAGCAUUUGAUUUCUAAGACUCAGGUUCCCCCAGGGAGAGCAAAAGAUGAGAAUGGUGGUCAGCGUUGUGCAGCCACUGUGUGUGCUGGGCAAUAUGAAGAACUGCCCCCCAGAGUUGUAGCAUCAAAAAUAGAGAAUGAAAAUCUCAACCAAAUAGGAGACCAGGAAAAUAAGACAUCUUCCUAUCAUUCAAGUAAUAAUUUUCAGCAGCCUUUCACAUUGCGAGCUGAGGUGUGUCCUUGGGAGUUUGAGACCCCAGAUAAGCCAAAUGCCGAAAAUAGUGUAGCUUUACCUGCCUCUUCGACUUUAAAUGCAAAUAAGGUAGCAGGGUCUCGAAAAUAAGAGAUCUGGGAUACUUUCAAAGUAGCAUUCCCCAGAAAGAAAAAGAAGAAACCCUGAAUGUGAUAAGACUGAAGAUAGAAGGAUCAAAAAUUCCCAAAGAGUAUUUGUCAAUCAGGGAAAACAUGGAAGGCAUGGGCGGAGGAAAACUUAAGGAGGGGAGAGAGACAUCAUCAUGGGGAAGUUAGACUGGCCCCAAAGUCUUUCCCUGUAACACUAGGAAAAUCUUUACAUUCAGCAUGUUUGGAGGAAGUAGCCCUCAGUGUCUGCCCCUGACCAAUAUUUACCCAUGGGACUUUGGAGAUCCUAAGCCAGGCAAACCAGAAGACACAGAAGAGGCCUGAGAUUUGCAAAGAAGAAGGUAUAAAUGAAUAUGACGGAAAUUCUAAGUAGCUGACGGAAAAGAACUUACUUUACCUAUAUAAUCUUGAUAGCACUGCUAACUUAAUGCAUCCCAGAAUACCUUUUCUAUCAAUGAUUGCUCUCAUUUUCUUAUAAAUGUAUGUUUCAGUACAUUGUUGUGUCUCAUAUUCAAGCAUUCCAGAUUGUAUAAUUUUUGCAAAUAACUUUGAUAUUAUGUGACACACAUUUAUGCAAUCUUCAGCUACUCAAUUGUUCUUGCAACUUACAGAAUACCUGUUAUCUAUCAACUUUAGUUGAUUCUUGAAGUAUAAUAAGCUUUCUCUGGCUUGGGAAGUCAUAAUUGUUAUGAAAAAAAUAUUUCAGUUUUGUGACUUAGAUAUUGCAAAUUUGGAUUAACUAUUAUUUCACUUCACGGUUUGUUAUACUGUCUUAAUCAGGGUUUUUAAUACAAGUCACGUUACUUGUUUUGCACUUCUCGUUAGGGCUGAGAAGCUUGAUUAAUAUCGAAGAUCAAAUGGUCCUACAUAGUCUUACGUCUCAAUUAGUUAAGGACAACUUAAUCUAUUGUUUGAAGUCAGAGAGAUGAUGCCUUCAUUCCAAAUAAUUAUCCCUUUUAACUCUUUCAGUAUUUCAUACUUAGCAGCAUUUUAUAAGGAAGAAACUAAGAGUGAGAACAAUAUACUGUGCAUUAUUAUUACCAUUGGAAAGGGAAGACUCUAGGAAUGACAUGAGAAUUACUGUAGAGCCAGGAAAUUUGCCUUUCAAAGCAGAUGAAAAGGGAGCUCCUGAUAGCACUUUCAAGGGGUUAUUUUUUUAAAGAAAAAUAUUAUGAUUACAUCCAUAUUAUUAUAUGGUGUAUUUUUAUUGUGCAUACUAAAUAUAGAAUAUUUUCAAUGACCUUAAAGUAUUUAUUCUCAUAAACUCUUAUUCAUUGCUUCAGCUAGGGCUAGAACUUGCUGGGCUCAGAUCCCAAAGAGAUUUAUAACCCGGUUUAUCCCAAGCCUAUAAGGUGGUAUGGGCUCAUCCUUCUCCCAAGCACUUGAAAACGUACAAGUCCUGCAAAUGGCCAUUGUGAACCGUCUAGUUCGCAAUGUAAAACGCAGAGGUUUAUUUGCAAGGCAGAACAAUCCCCAAAGCAUAUUUCAUACAAUUUAUUUCACUCCACACUGGUCACUUGGUGUGAAAAUCCUAAGUUGCUGACUUGGCCCUGUUGGUGUGACUGUACAAGGAGAUUCUAUUUCAAAGCUCAGUUUCACUGUAUUUAAAGAUGAGUCACUUAAACAUGGGACCCAGACUUCCCUUUCUGUCACCCUAAACACUGACAUCUCAACGGCUUAUCUGGCCAGGACACUUCCAGCAGAAGUAACUUUUUGAUUUCAUGAGCAACAAGGGACACAUGCUAGGAGGAUAAAAGAUGAGAAAGGGGAUCAGGGAUGGAUACAGGGCUUUUCUUGGAGAAUAGCAUUCUCAGUGGAUGAUAAAAAUGAGGACUUCUUUGCAUUCAUUAUCAGAAUUUCCUCAGUGGUUUUAUUCAGGAGUAAGUGAGCCCUUCACCAUGUUGCAAAGCUGUGCACAAAUCCCCCUCACCCGGUUCCUCACUCUGUGCAUUACUCAGGUUUGUGGGCAGGUUUGAAGACAUAGGAAUUCUAUUUUUCUGUGUGUUUCCUUCAUUUAUUUUCUCUUCCCUUCCUUUUCAAUCAAGGCCUAUCUACUUGGUAACUUAGAAAUACAAUGUUAUGGUGUAUUUGUGUACCUGUUUCUAGAUCCACGUACUUGUUUAUGUCUGAGAUCAGUUAGCACUUUAUUCACUUUUUGAGAAAUAAGCAGUCAAGCAUCAGUGACUUUUUAUUGCACUUCAGAGUAAUCCUGCUUCAGGUGUGGCUUAAAGAAGACUUGCCAAAGUUCACCUUAGUCUAUAGAUUUUUCUCCACCAGCAUAAAUCAGCAAGAGUGCUUAUGUUCUUUCCUAGAGUUUCAUUGUCAUUACUUGUCGCCGAGAGAAGUUGAAAUCUAUAAUCUAUAAUUCUUGAGUUUAUUUUCCCAGAUUGAUAAUAAGGAAGUGAUAUAAACACUAAUAAGGUCACAAACACUUGCUAGGUUGUCCUUCUCAGUGCAUGUGCGAGCUGCAUCCUGUCCUUGUUUUUAAGCCAGGGUUUAUAAAUAAGUAGAUUUAUACCAAUUUAACAGAACUGUAUAUUUUAUGCCAGAAUUAAAUGCUUUAUGACAUGAAUUAUAACUCAACCCAUUGUAAACUUUGGUGGCAAUAUGGAUUUGAAACUGGACAGUUCUCUUGUAUUUGCUUCAUAAGUUUCUGCAUGCAAGUGAUGACAGGUAGGACUGAAAAACACUGCCUUUGACUUCUAGCAUUUAGCAACCGAGAGCUGUAGAGUCUAUAAAGCUAUAAGUCUCUUCACUCACUCUGUGGUUAUUCUGAAACUAUUAUCUGAAACCCACCAUGAAAUGUUUGGUAAAUUUAUGUUGUGACAUGUUGCAGCAUGUAAAUAAUUAUAACAUCUCUGCAAUAAAACAUUUAUAUGAAAGUGA